GCUGCCCCAACAACAACCACAUCUGCCCCUACUACAACAACAUCUGCCGCUACAACAACCACAGCUGCCCCAACUACAACAGCUGCCCCUACUACAACCACAGCUGCCACAACAACAACCACAGCUGCCACAACAACAACCACAGCUGCCCCUACUACAACCACAGCUGCCACAACAACCACAUCUGACCCUACUACAACAGCUGCCCCUACUACAACCACAGCUGCCACAACAACAACCACAGCUGUCCCUACUACAACCACAGCUGCCCCAACAACAACCACAGCUGCCCCAACAACCACAGCUGCCCCAACAACAACCACAUCUGCCCCUACUACAACAGCUGCCGCUACAACAACCACAGCUGCCGCUACAACAACCACAGCUGCCCCAACAAAAAACACAGCUGCCGCUACAACAACCACAUCUGCCCCAACAACCACAGCUGCCCCAAUAACAACCACAUCUGCCCCUACUACAACCACAGCUGCCCCAACAACAACCACAGCUGUCCCUACAACAACCACAGCUUCCCCAACUACAACAGCUGUCCCUACAACAACCACAACAACCACAGCUUCCCCAACUACAACAGCUGCCCCUACAACAACCACAGCUGCCCCAACAAAAACCACAGCUGCCGCUACAACAACCACAUCUGCCCCUACUACAACCACAGCUGCCCCAACAACAACCACAGCUGUCCCUACAACAACCACAGCUUCCCCAACUACAACAGCUGUCCCUACAACAACCACAGCUUCCCCAACUACAACGGCUGCCCCUACAACAACCACAGCUGCCCCAACAAAAACCACAGCUGCCGCUACAACAACCACAUCUGCCCCUACUACAACCACAGCUGCCCCAACAACAACCACAGCUGCCCCAACAACAACCACAGCUGCAGCUACAACAACCACAGCUACCCCUACAACAACAGCUGCCCCUACUACAACCACAGCUGCCGCUACAACAACCACAUCUGCCCCUACAACAACCACAGCUGCCCCAACAACCACAGCUGCCCCAACAACAACCACAUCUGCCCCUACUACAACAACAUCUGCCGCUACAACAACCACAGCUGCCCCAACUACAACAGCUGCCCCUACUACAACCACAGCUGCCACAACAACAACCACAGCUGCCCCUACUACAACCACAGCUGCCACAACAACCACAUCUGACCCUACUACAACAGCUGCCCCUACUACAACCACAGCUGCCACAACAACA